AAACCAUAGCUUAUACACAACUAAACAUUGGAUUGGAAUGAGAUUUCAUUAUGUUUACGUUUACGUGCCUAACAAAUUUUGAUUAAAAAGGAAAUAUGAUACACAUUGUAAAUAACAGUAAUGAACAAAUUACAUGAUAAUAAAUCUUAAACUUUGAUUCACAACUGUCUUAAGUGCUUUGUCUACAUAAACCACGACUAUACUGGUAAUGUAAAAGUAAUCCUUUUGGUACAAAAAUUUGAAUUAAGCGACAUUACAUUUAAAUAAAUAUGUACUAGAAAUCGUGAUAAAAACACUCGAGCAAAAAAAGUUUUACUUAUCUUUACACAAAGAUAACAUAUAAAUAAACAAUAAUAUUAUUGUAAUACAAAAAUUACCAGAAGGUAGUGAGGUUACCACUGGUAAAAUAUCCAGUUGGAUUGUGGUUUACUGAAACUAUAAAUUCAUUAAUAAAUUUUACCCCUAAAUUUACACAAACCAGCCUCAAAGUGCAUUUGAUUUGUCCAUAUUCAGUGAAAUAUUCAUAUCGGUUUUCAGAAGUCUAUCUACUGGUUCUAUUAAUCGCAAUGCAGGGUGAUGAUCCACCCUACUUGCCAGUGGGGACUGAUGUUAGUGCAAAAUACAAGGGUGCAUUCUGUGAGGCUAAAAUAAAAAAAGUUGUAAGGAAUAUUAAAUGCAAAGUUACACUUAAAGCUGGUGGAGGAACAAUUACUGUGAAUGAUGAUGUAAUAAAAGGUACAUUGAGGAUUGGAAGUACUGUAGAAGUGAAACAGGAUCCGAAAAAAGAUGCAAUGGAAGCUGUCAUUACUAAAAUACAGGAUUGCAGUCAAUAUACUGUUGUGUUUGAUGAUGGUGACAUCACAACAUUGAGGCGAUCAGCGCUUUGCCUGAAGAGUGGAAGGCAUUUCAAUGAAAGCGAGACUUUAGAUCAAUUGCCAUUGACACACCCUGAACACUUUUCUACCCCAGUCAUAGCAGGACGACGUGGCAGAAGAGGACGCGCCCAGUCAGAUGAUAGUGAAGGCGAAGGUACGAGUCGUCCCGUGAAGGCGGACAGUGCCGAGCGCGAACCGCACGUGGGUCGCGUGGUGCUCGUGGAGGCGGCCAGUGGCGCGGAGAGGCGCCGACCGCACCAGCCCGCCUUCCCAGCGCUGGUCGUGGCGCCCACGGCACAGAUCAAGGUCAAGGAGGAUUAUUUAGUACGCUCCUUCAAAGAUGGACGAUAUUACACAGUACCCAAAAAAGAAGCACGCGAGUUCCGUAAGGGCAGCGCACCGCUGGAAUGGGCAGGAGUUGAAGCCGCUCUGCAAUAUUUGAACCAAGGUGUGCUACCUCCGCACUGGGAUCGAGACACGCUCUUCAACGAACCCCGAAAUACUUCUGAUGAUAGUUCCGAUGAUGAACCAAGAGAAGAAAAAGAUCAUUUCGUGGCUCAACUGUAUAAGUUUAUGGAUGACCGUGGCACACCGCUCAAUCGGAAUCCGACUAUAGCCAACAAAGAUAUUGAUUUAUAUAGACUAUUUCGGGUCGUUCAAAAACUAGGAGGCUACAACAGGGUCACUAAUCAAAAUCAAUGGAAAACUAUUGCUGACAAAAUGGGCUUUCAUCCGGUGACGAAUAGUAUAACGAAUCUCUGCAAACAGGCAUAUAAAAAAUUCCUGCACAGCUUCGAAGAUUUCUACCGAAAGCUGGGAGUGACGUUAGUGGCGCACCCGCGCGGCGCACGCACUCCGCCCGCCGGUAGAUCUCUCAUACGAGACAAAGAUAAGCAGCCCCUCACUUCGUCCUCCGCUUCAAGCACACCGACAGGCACUCCCAGUCAGCGCGGAAAAGACAAAGAUUCUGACAAGAGCGAGACGGACAAAAGUGAAAAGAGCGAGAAAGAAGAAAAAACAGAGAAAACGAAAGAAAAACCUCGGGCCAGCGACGAAGAGGACAGCGCCGACAAUCAACCGCUCGUAGUUGCCGUGGCUCCAAAGAUCGAAAAGGAUAAAGAAAAAGAUAAAGAGAAGGAAAAAGAAAAGGAUAAAGAGAAAGAAAAGGAAAAAGAGAGAGAAAAAGAGAAAGAAAAGGAAAGAGAAAAAGAGAAGGAGAAAGAAAAGGAAAAGGAGAAAGAGAAAGAGAAAGAAAGAGAAAAAGAAAAGGAGAAAGAGAUAGAGAAAGAGAAAGAAGAUAGGAAAGAAAAAGAAAAAGUGAAAGAUAAAGAGAAAGAGAAAGAAAAGGAAAAGGAAAAAGAUAAAGAACGUGAAAAAUCAACGUCGACUACCACGAGCGAAGAGAAAGUGCUAGUGAAACCACGUUCGCAGUCUAAAGGACGUUCCUCGAUGCCGCCUUCUAAACCAGACUCUCACGACAAGCGGACACCGAAGAGACGCCCACUAUCCUCGAAAAGCGAGAGCGCAGGCUCAAGCACUUCGAGAGCCUCACGCCGACCUCACGUCUCAACGGACAGUGAUAGCUCCGGCCGUGCUUCUAGGUGCGGUAUAACUAAGAAAAUGCAAAGCCGCCGUAGUCAAAGCGCGAACUCGGCCAGCAGCGGAAACACCAUUGCCUCCAACAGCAGCAAAAGACCACGCAAAAGAAAAACGACGGAGCCAUCCACUAAUGAGCCGAUGCAUACGCGCGUGUCGAACGUGAAAGCUCAAGUCGGUGACAAACUGAAAGUUUAUUAUGGACCCACACAGUCUGAAUCUAAGGUCACGUACGAGGCUAAGGUAAUAGAAAUUUCGUCUGAGGGUAUGUUGAGAGUACACUAUACCGGCUGGAACACUCGCUACGACGAGUGGAUCAAACCGCAGAGGAUUGCACUCAACGUUACACAGCACGAACAGCGCAACAAAAAGGGUACCGGGAUGAGUAGACGUGUCCGUGCUAAGAUGAAUGAAGAGUCAUCAGCUCGGUCUGAUUCCGACAGUGACUCGGAUAGCGACGUCGAUCUGAAGAGACCACCAAAAAAACUGGAUGAAAAAGGCCCGCCUUCUAAAAUUUUACCACGACCGAAAGAAGCAAAGACGGGUGAGAGCAGUGGCUCAAAUAAACCACGCAAGAGACCCGUACGUACAGUCUCUACGCCGACUAAUCUUUCUCCAAGCAAGAAACCACGACCGAUGCCCACCACUUGCCAUCAGGGACGAGACUUCGAUCUGAACGAAAUCAGAUCGGAGCUAAAAGGACUACAUUCAGUCAAACAGGACCACGAUGAAUCAUCAUUGAAACAAGAUCCACAUGACAAAACAUCUAGGCUCAUGCUUCCGGCAGCUACGAUGUCGGCCGCCCCCGCGGAACCCCCGCAACCCGAUAAACAAGCCGAGGACGUGUACGAGUUCAAAGAACCAGAACCAUUCGAACUGGAGCUGCACGACGAAAAGAAAAAAAGGACUCAUCGAAUAUUCGACGAUAUUUCCCCCAGUAAAUACACAUCAACGUUAUCGAAAUCGUUGAGUGAAGAAAUCUCCGAAGAUCCCUUAAGACCGCGUCCUUCGACUUUAAGAUCACCCUCGCUGUCGCCGUUCAGAGAUUUCGGAGGGACUCGUGCUCUCGAGCCAGGUAGACAAAGUCCCGAAGAAGACCCUAAAGUAUGUCUAUUCGGUUUGGACGACGACUCAUUCCAAGGCGAUGGCAGUUCGGGCCCCACUUUCGAAGGGUUCACUCCUGCUAAAAAUCAAGAGACUUACUCUAAGAAGAGUAAAGUGUCUAAGUUAAGAGAACUCAUCGACGAUUCGCCGGAAAGUCCGGCUGAUGACGAACAUUCUUCAGAGGAUGAGCAAGACUUGAUGGUAAAAGGCGAAAAAGCGGUAAGUGAACCAAGCCCUGCUGCUCCCCAAGUGGAAACUGAGAAAAUAACGGAAAACGUUAAAGAAUGUGUCGCUUCAAAGGAAUUAGUGACACAAAUAAUACUGGAACCAAUAAUUGAAACGAAUACAGAAACUAAAUACGUUACAGAAGAAGCCGUAAAGCAAAAAGAAGUACCGAUGGAGAUAAUCAUAGCGCCCGAACGCCCAAAAACACCGCCACAGCAAAGAAAAGAAAUACAUAAAGUUAACCUACUCUCCGUCCCCGUAUCCAUUUCUAAUGUCCAAAUGAAUGUGACGCUUACUGUUGCUAAUCCUGUUCUGAAACAAGAACCGGUCAAAGAAUCGUCACUUAAAUUGCUUACGGUUCCAAAAAUAGUAACGGAACCUAAAGAAAACAUUCCGCAAAUGAAGAUUGAACAAAACAUGGACCCAGAACCUGUAGUUUCGAAGUUUGAACCUCCCUCGAGCCCUCUGAUUGACACAGAAGAAGAUAAGUCGGAACCCGACAGUCCGGCGAGAAUUGAUGUCAUCCCCGAACCGCCCCCUGGAUUCUUAUUACAGUCCGAGGGACCGAAGAUAGCGGAGAAAUUGCUUAAAGCCAUCAACAGUGCCAAGAGGCUCUCGAUGUCCCCGCCACCCACGGACGAUAGAUCGGAUGCGUCCAAAACGGAACCCAAUAAAUUUAACAAACCCGAGAUAAAAGUUUCUUCCCAAUCACCAGAACUGAAAACGAUCUCAUCAAAAUCUGACACGGUCAAGCCGUUAGUUAAGUCGGAACUCAAGAAAGUCCGAACUCCAGAAAUCAGCGAGUGUAUAUUCGGCGAGCCGUCGAACUUAACGGAUGCGAAGCGAGACGCGACCGACGUUAAGAAAGUUAGACCCAAAGACGAAAUCAGGAAAGAGGUUUUAUCUCCACGCUUACAGAGCCCAUUAAACAUACUUGAGCGGCGGCGUAGUGUUGCCGACUUACCAUUAGCAGUGCCCGCUCAGAAGAACAAUAAAGUUCUCAGCGACACGAUACAAAAGUUGUCGAGCCAGAUCAACCAGUCGGCGGCCGCUGCCGUCCCCUUGCCGCUGCCACCGUUCCCGCAAGCCGACAGGAGCGAAUCCAGCGAUUCCGACGAUUCCGAUCGGAGGUUAAUAAUCGACAAAGUGGAAGAGUGGGGCGGCAACAGUUGCGAGACGUCGCGGGCGAGCGGUGCGGCCGCCCUGGCGAGCCUACACGCCGGGAAGUCGGCCGGCGAGUGGAGCGCCGGAGAGUCCCUGCUCAUGCUCGAAGACGCUUGCAAGAACGAAAGGAAGCAUAGUGCAAGCGUAGUGGUGGCUGGCAGCGGCAGCGGCAGGGCAGCGGGGGUUGUCGGCGGGGGGGAGGAGGACAGCAACAUUUCGCUGCUGCUGUGCGAGGAGACCAUCCCCGGCUCCCCCGCGCCCGACGCCGAGCCGCAGCCGCCCCGCCACCGCCUGCACAUGCCCUUCGCUUCGGCGCCACAACACCAUCACUCGCUUUCUAAAGAGGAUCGUCGCGGCGAAGGUCCGUCCCGUCCGAUGGUGGCAGCGGGAGGGGGCGGCGCGGCGGGGGCGGGGGGUCCGGCUGCGGGCGAGGCGCCGGGCUGGGGACGCCGACACGCGCUCAUCGACAACACGCCGCCCACCACGCCCGACAGCAGCCUCGACAUGUCGCCACACAGGGACCGUCGUAUGUCUGAACGCGACAGUCCGUCGGAACGCAAAGACGACGAUGAUGAAGUACGACCGAUUGAUGCGUCACUGGAUAUUGAAAAACCACACGAGUCGUCAGCAUGCGGGCGGUCCCGCAAGGCGUCAGAGAGCUCCGGGGCGGGCGCGGGGGCGGGGCGGGGGCGCAGGCGGCGCCGCGACACCGACGAGCUCGGCGCGCACCACCCGCCGCACAAGUACAACUUCUAUGUCGAACUUGAUCCAUCAUGGGAUUCUCAGACGCGUAUAAACGUUCUUACAACACGACUAACAGAUUUGCGUAAAACCUAUCAUUCGGUGAAGGCGGAACUAGCCGCAAUCGAUCGACGUCGCAAGAAACUACGUCGGAAGGAGAGAGAAGCCGUAAAAGCUGCUAAAGCCGCGUGUUCGUGAUUCAAGAUGAAUAUCAAUGAUCAAAAAUGAAGAGUUGUUAAAGCUAUAACACGUGUAUUCGUUUUAAGAUAAAUAUAACAUUUAAAAUUUUAAGAGAUUUAACUCUGUUAAUUUCGUAACAAAAUUUCAAAAAAUAUUUCUGGAAUACCAAAUAAAUGAGUAAUUCGUCCCUUUUUAAUAAAUAAUUUUAAUAUUACUCAAAAUUGUAAAUGUAAAGUUCUUUAUAAAUGUUGUCUAUUAUAAAUUUUAAGAAAUCUCUGAACUAAUUAUCUCUCCAUUUCUUAUUCCAUUGGUGGUAAGAAUGCAUUAGUUUUAAAACGAAUGUGAAGAUUUUAAUGUACCAAAUGGUAUUUAAAACAUGACGUUCAAACAUGACGGUAUUGGACGGACUGACGGACUGUUUUUAUUUCGUAAAUUAUGUAAUUGUUUAGAAUAAGUUUCAAUAAAGUUUUAAACUAGUAAA